AUGGCACGGCGCUCGGCCUCAGCGCAGUUGGUGCUCUCGGCGACGGCACCGGCGGAGACGGUCUCACGGCGGCAGUUCGUCUCAACGGUCGGAGCGGACUUCGUGAGGGCGAAGGAGUCCGACUUGGAUGAGACGGCCCUGGGCUGUCUGAAGAAGAAGGCCACCAAGCUUCUGAACAGCGUUUACCUUGCGAAUUUCAUUGUGGUGGUGGUGUUUCUGGACGCCUACUGCACUUGCAGAGAUAUCGAUUCACGAGCCCAUCAACAACCAACACCACAAGCUUUUCGCAUACUUUCUGACUUAUGUUUGGUGCUUUAUACGGUCGAGCUUUUGCUUCACUUCUUUCUUCAGGGUUUCAGCAUUUGUCGCGAUUGGAUGAUCUUCUUGGAUUUGGUCAUCAUCGUGUGUGGCUACAUCGAGCUGUUCUUCAGCUUUUUGGGCGAUGAGAGCGGUGUCAUUGGCAUCAGCAUCGUGCGGGCACUUCGCUUGGUCCGGAUCUUUCGCUUGAUCCGCUUGCUGAGGAAGGUGCGCACGCUACGGGAGCUGCACAAGCUGGCCACCAUGAUGGCCACCUGUGCAAAGACUUUGGUGUGGUCUUUUCUGUUGUGCUUCCUGGUGAUGACGGUGUGGAGCAUGCUCAUGGUUGAGAUGAUUCAUCCUCUUUUGACAGAUCUGGAGCUAAGCAGCUGCAGAGGGCAAUGCGAGUCUGCCAUGUCAUCGGUGAUGAAUGCGAAUCUCUUGCUGUUUAAGACAGUGAUCGCAGGUGACAGUUGGGGUGAAAUUGCGGUGCCUGUGAUUGAACAGUACCCAGCAACUGCCGUCAUUUUCAUGGGAUCGUUGUUGACACUGGUUUUCGGGGUGCUCAACCUCAUUGUGGCCGUGGUGGUCGACACCUUUGCGGAGUUCCGCCUAAACGACGUGCAGAACCUCGCGGAGGAGAUGGAGGACGAGAUCGCCCAGGAUCGGAAGUCCUUGGCGCGCUUGUUCGCUCGAAUUGACCUCGACGGCUCGGGGCAGUUGACGCUGGAUGAGCUGAUUGAAGGUGCCCAGCGAGACUCCGAUUUCCAGAGCCGGUUGCGGGUCAUGGACAUCGACGAGAGCGACUUGCAGAUGCUGUUUGAGAUGAUCGAUGCGGAUUCAUCUGGUACCAUUGAAGCGGCCGAGUUUAUAGGACCUUUGAGCAGGUGGGCGCAUGAUUCCAAGACAGCCCCGCGCUUCAUCAAAUACAAUAUGCUGCAGACGAUGCAAAUCCAGGAGGACUUGUAUGACAUGUGCGCAGACUGCUUCAAACAUUUGGCGCUUCAGAUUGACAAGGUUCAGGUUGAGGUGAAAGGGCUCACGAAACACAUCGUACGAAAGAAGGGCAGCAAGAAGCCGGAAACCGAACACCUUGGCCUUGGCCAAACCAGUCCGCCGAUGGACAGCCGUGUGAGCGCCAGAGAGCAUCUCGAAAGUCCUCUCAUCCCAAGGGACAUCAGGGCAUCCUUCAAUGAUGAUGUUGAGCAAAUAUCUUCUUACACAGACGGGUCGAGGCAAUUAAGUCAUUGGGAAGCACCCAGAGGAAGUGUUUAUGAUGCCCGUGCCGAAGCAAGAUUGAGUUCCUUGGAGCAAUUGGGUGAACGAGUAGCCUUGGACGAGAUGACGACGGAGAUGGAGAAUGUCAGCUUCCGUGUGCCUCCCAUCCCCGAGACAGAGCUGCACGAUGAGUUGGAGCACGUCAUGUUGAUGCGCCCGUCCAGACAAACCGAAAUGUUGAGUGAGAAGAGCCGACAGUCCAGGGUCAUGGACUCGCAUCUGGAUUUGCUUCUGGAGUCCGCCGUGGUGAAGCUCGAAACCUCCAUGAAGAAGAUGGAGCGCCUCGCGCGCUCGGCGGAUAUCCUGGUGAGGAAGUGGAAUGAGACGCCCGAAGUGACACGUCGUGCUCGGACCGAAACGGGGCAAUCCGGCUCCACGAGCUCGAGGAGAUCUGAAGUCUUCUGGGCCUUAUACAUGGACCGCGAUCAUGUGAGAGAACGGAAGCAGAAGAAGAGACACACCCAGGGGCGCAUCUCGGGCCGAGCCUCGCGCCUGUCCAAGGGCUCAGGACCCACGUCCAGUGAGUUUGAGAAGGAAAAGGAGCGGCAAGAGGAGCCUGAAGAAUUGCAGGACUCCUGUUUCUCUAUGUCCUUUGCUAGUUCCAUUAUAGAUGACCCAGAGGAUCACGACCCACCUGCCAAGCAUGGUUGA